CCCUUUUUCAUCUCGGCGAGACGACAAUUUACUCGUGAACUUUUUCCCUUGUAGUUUGCGCGGGAACGCACUUCGUCGGAGGUCGUGACUCGUGAACCAUCCCGUCGCCGUCCACCGUAGCUUGGCCUCUCCACCUGCUACCGUUUUAUUUCUCCUUUCUUCCCUCCGUACUCGGGUAGUCGUGUCUCCUGCGCCGAUGCCGAUCCUAAGGUCUAUUGCCGCUUCUUUGGGUUCUCCUCCCGAAACCCUAGAAACCACUCCGCCGUCUUCUGUAGAAGCUUCCGCCGAUGAGACAAUCCACUCUUCCAGGACCUCUCCUGCAACGUCCUCCUCGUUCCGUCAAUCGAGCACUGAGAUGGAUCACUCUGGAGCGACGCCUCCCCUAAGGCGGAGCCUCCGCCUCGCAUCGAUGUCCAAUGCUUCCUUCGUGACCGACUCGCCUGCUGUGACCAAUCGUGGUGGCAGGAAGAACUCCCUUUCUAGCGUCUCAAAAACUACGGUUGAAGUGGAGGCUCCGCCGACCGUUUGCAAGGCAGACGCGGAAGAGAUUAAGGUGUUGGAGGUUCCUGAGGGGUCUCCUACUUUACUUAACCAUAAGAGAAAAGAUUUUGAUGAUUCUGUUGGGGGAAAGUACAUGUGCCUCAGGUCUGGGUCUAAACUUGCUCGGGUAGGAUUUGAUCAAAUGUCGGGAGAUACAAAUGAAGCUCAAACUGAGAUGUUGACGUCAGGUCCUCAGCGUGUUCAUGAAGGCUUUUCAAAUGGAAUUGAUGUCGACAUGGUUGCAGAGAAUUUGGAGGAGAAAAUUGGGGAAGAAAGGUUCUCCACUCAAUUAAAAGGGAAGGGAAUACUGAUAGAGGCUGUUCCAGAGGAACAGCAAGCUGGGAAAGUGAAUCAAACAAUAGAAAAUGCUGAGUAUGAAAAUAAGGGGAAGGGAAAGUUGGUCGAGGAAGAAGACUUACUGUCAAUUAGUGCGGCUGAAUUUGACAUGGAUGCUGAUGCAGCUGUUGCAAAGGAUGUUGCUAGAUACUCGGGAUAUGCUAACACAAGUACUAGAAAAUCAAAAAGACAAAAUGAAUAUAGAAAAGAAGUUGUCAGGUCAAGAGCUAUAGAGUUGGCUCCCAAAUUUGCCUUCUUUAAACCAGAAGAUGAUAAGCAAGAGGAAGAAGAUGAUAAACAAGAGGCAGAAGGACAAGAGGAUCCUGAGGACUUACCUCCAGAUGCUAACAAUGAGGACUGGCCAGGGCCAUUUUCUACUGCCCUGAAGAUCAUUGAAGACAGAAAUCAAAAGCUGAGAACCCGAGAAUCAAAUAAUUAUUUUAAGAAAGGUCAGAAUGACAAAUCAAGGAUUUCAUGGGUACCCACAAAAAACCGCAAUCCCAUGGCAAGGGUCCCUUCAACCCUGCGAGACUUGUGUGUUAAAAUUCUCUUAGAAAAUGCUGAAGAAAUUGAGUCACUUGAUGGCAUUCCUGAUUUGCUAAAACACCGGUUAAUAUUAAAGUUGUGCCAUUCUAGGAAAAUGAAUCCGCAUCUUCUUAGUCAUCUUGUGAGUGCUACUCCCACGGAGAUAUGCCUCAGUGACUGUUCAUGGCUAACAGAAGUCCAGUUUGAGAAUAUUUUUUCUCAAUGUGAUGUGAAAUGCUUAAAGGUGUUGCAACUAGACAGGUGUGGAAGAUGUUUGCCUGACUAUGUUUUGCGUUCUACCUUGGCCCAUUACCCUAAUGGUUUGCCUUCAUUAACUAGACUAAAUCUCAAGGGUGCUUAUCGGCUUUCAGAUGAUGGCUUAAAUGCAGUUGUUGCUUCAGCACCUUCCUUAAGUUCUAUAAAUUUGUCAGAGUGCCCCCUUCUUACCUCAAUGGGAAUCAUAAAUUUAGCUGACAAGUUGGGCACUGUUUUGACGGAACUAUAUAUAGAUGGUUGCCAAAAUGUUGAUGCUAUGGCUAUUCUACCUGCACUCAAGAAAGUAAAUCAUUUAGAAGUUCUGUCAGUCGGUGGACUUCAGUCUGUUUGUGAUAAGUUUGUACACCAGCUUAUUCCUAUUUGUGGUUCACACAUGAGGGAAUUAGCCUUGGCAGGAUGCGAGAAACUGUCUACUGCUUCCAUUAGAACUAUUGGUGCACAUUGUUGUAGACUAUUUGCUAUUGAUCUUCAGAAUUUGAAAAGAUUGAAUGAUUCUUCUAUAGGAUAUCUUGCCAAUGGUUGUAGAUCACUUCAAAAACUUAAGCUUCGGCGUAAUGCAUUCAGUGAUGAGGCUAUUGCAGCAUUCUUGGAAGCAUCUGGAGGUUCAUUAGCUGAACUUUCCCUAAAUAAUGUUGCAAAGGUUGCAGAACAAACUGCUCUAGCCAUUUCUCGCCGGUGUUGCUCCACCUUGUACAGUCUAGAUUUGUCAUUUUGUCGAGAAAUGACAGACGAAGCACUUGGUUUGAUUGUUGAUAAUUGUUCAUCAUUGAGGUUUCUGAAACUAUUUGGAUGCACCCAGGUCACUGAAGUGUUCUUCAAUGGUCACUCAAACUCGUCUCUUAAAGUGAUUGGACCUAAAGGGCAGCUGCUGGAUGACAGUGAUAUGUCUUUAUUUUGAUCAGAAAUGAAAGUUUUUCUCUUUUGUCAAUUGUGAAGAUGAUGCUUACCUUUCCUCUUCUAUGAAAACCGUUUUUUGUUUGUCGAUAGGUCAACUGAUACUUGCCACCUGUAAUCAAGUUUUAAUUGCACCAAUAGAU